AGGAAGGCUUGAAAAAUGUCUUCUUCUUCAGGAGAAGUCACAAUUUCAAAUGACAUCAAGAAGGAAAAUGUGAAGACGGACAAGCGAGAGUGUAUCAAGCUUCUGUCGCUGGAUACCGCGGAGUUGUCUAUGGAGCGCGCAACUUCGAACACUGAUGCCGUCCACAGUGAACUUCUGGUGAGCGCGACUUCCUCGCUGGCUUUCUCCCCGGAGCAAGUGGCGUGCGUCUGCGAGGCUCUGCAGCAAGGAGGCAAUGUGGACCGGCUGGCCAGGUUUUUAUGGUCCUUACCUCAGAGUGACCUACUACGUGGCAACGAAAGCAUCCUAAAAGCCCAAGCUCUUGUCGCUUUCCACCAGGCUCGGUACCAGGAGCUCUACAGUAUUUUAGAGAACCACAGCUUCAGUCCGUCCAACCACUCCUCACUGCAAGACUUAUGGUACAAGGCACGGUACACUGAGGCCGAGAAAGCGCGAGGGAGACCCCUGGGCGCGGUGGAUAAAUAUCGCCUGCGGAGAAAGUACCCACUCCCCCGGACUAUCUGGGACGGUGAAGAGACAGUAUACUGCUUCAAAGAGAGGUCCCGCAAUGCGCUGAAGGAUCUUUACAAGCAGAACAGAUACCCUUCUCCAGCCGAGAAAAGAAACCUUGCUAAAAUCACGGGACUCUCCUUGACACAGGUCAGCAACUGGUUCAAAAAUAGGAGACAGAGGGACAGAAAUCCGUCUGAAGCACAAUCAAAAAGUGAAUCUGAUGGCAACCACAGCACAGAGGACGAGUCUAGUAAAGGGCAGGAAGAGCUCUCUCCACGUCCCCUCUCGAACUCAUCUGACGGCACAAUGACCCGCGGGGCCCUCUCCGGGUCCUUGGACAGUGGGGUGGUCAUCCAACAGAUCGGAGACAUUAAGAUUCCCCCUGGUUCCAGCAGUGGAGUGCUCUUCAAUGGGAACCUCGUGACCAGCAACCCCUCCGCUGUCUUCCAUAACAGUGGCUCCUCUUACCUCCAGGCCCCUGGCAACAUCCUGUUCAAUGGCCUCAAUCUUGGCGUCCAGCCCCUGGCUUUCAACCCCUUGCGGUCCUCUGGCGGUGUCCUGAUGGGGGCCUCUGGCGUGGACGUGCAGAUGCAGGUUGGCCAGGACAAAGGGCUUGGGAGCUCCAGUGUGGACUAUGCCUCCUACUCCAGCUGUGUGAACGGGGCAGAGGUGAAGCUGGAGGGGGUUCCAGGCAUGGCAGCACAAAACGGCGGCUCGUCGGUCCUCACGUUCAACUCGUCUUCAGGGGCGCUCCAACUGGGUGGCUACAGUCUGGUCCACGUGCCCAGUGGUGUAUCCAACGGCGACGGGGCCUCACUGCUCAACAGCAGCGUGGGUCUUUCUUCUCUCCAGCUCCCCUCUGGUUCUUCCUCCUCCUCGGCACUCUCACAAGGUACAGUCCAAAUGAACAAUGUAGCAGUCAGUUCUUCCAGUGAGGACUCCUACCACCACCAGCACCAGGACAAGCUGGCCAUGGCCCCUACACACCCCAGCACAGUGCUCUACAGCAUGGGCAAUGCUGGACAGACCUCUAUCAAAAAGGAACCCCUUGAUGGAGGCGGGGACAGUGGGGUAUACUCCUACCAUCACAGCCUUCACCUAGACCCUAGUGGGCAGCUCAGCUACUGCUCAGCCCCACUGAACUCAGACGAGGUCACCUCCAGCAAGGCCCCCACCUCCAUCUCUGACGUAACCACGGUCAGCUCCUCUAGUCCAGAGCCUGAAGUCUAUACCACCCUCACCGUCAGCACCCCUCUGAUGGCCCAAACGGACCAUAACGGCCGCCACCUCCAUCCCGGGGAGUACCUCAGGGGCCACAGUCAGGACCCUAUCCCCACCUCACACCUGUUGGGCCCAGGCAUGAACAACAACUACAUGUCUGUUUCGGAGAACAAGGUGGAUCCGAGUGGUGGUGGGGUGAAUGAGAUGGUGCGGGUCAUGUGUGGGGAGAUGGAGCCGAGGGAGGAGAAGGAGCUGGCUAAAUUACAGACAGUGCAGAUGGAUGAGGACAUGGUUGACCUUUAACCUGUAACCUACAACCUUUUAUAAGCACUCCUAUCUGCGUAAGCAGUGAUGUGGUGAAUCUUUUUACUUUUUUGUGUGUGUGUUUUUUUUUUUACCAUGCAUUAUCAUGUUAAAUUAUUUACUACUGUUAUGUACAUUUUACCUUACAAUGCACUCUAUUCAGACACAAAUACCUUGGAUUGGCACCAUGAAUUCAUCCUAAUGAAACCUUUGAAAAGCCCUGAGUCUCAUCAAUAUGCCUGCAGAAAGUCAGAAAUGCAAAUACCGUUUCUUAAUUUGAGCCAUUUUCACAUAGCAGGAAAUACUCCAGCAACAAGGACAUUUUCAAUUGGCUUUUUCAAUUUUCACGUGGCUUAUAAUAAUUGGGGGUUGAUAUUUUUUGUUGGUGUUAAAUUCUACAUUGAAGAAUAUAAAAACUUAGAAGCCUUUUUAAACCAUGUAUACACUACUAGUUUGCAAUUCCUGCUGUGCAGGAAGAUUCCUCCGAAGACAGUAUGAUCCAAUUAAGAUACGCUGAGGCAGAAGUUCAUUGCAUGCAUUUGAACCACAUUUUAAGUGUGCAUUUUUUAUAGACAACACCUGCUACUUCCUGUUGAGUGGACUUGAUCUGCAGAAGCAGGUGUUGGAAUGGCCAUGGUCAUGUGACAUUAAUGUUCCUCCAAACUAAAUGCGUCAUCUGGGUCAAACCAAAAAGGUCAUUUAGUAGGAGGAGGGAGUGUCCCUAUGAAAAUGUUCCCUGAAAUCACUGCAAUUGCUGCACUGAAAAACACAUUAAACCACAUACAAAUAGCAGGACCAUCAAUGUGCAUUCAGUAAUUUAGUCAUCAAAUCCUCCGUUGUUUAAGUCAAGCAUCCAAGUACAUUUGGGCUGAGGAUGAGUCAUCACACUAAUGGCAUGGUUGUGGUUCAAGGGACUCAAGAAGAAAUGAAUGUGCCUUUCUGCCCCGUAGAAUGUCAGGCUGCACUGACCUCUCUUAAUUUGCACUAACAUUAAAACCCUACAACAGAAGAUUGUAGCUUCAAAGAACCUACCUUUCCCUCUGGACUUGUCGGAAUGAUCAAACCUUAGAAAAUCUAUACUGUGAUAUUUGUUAUGUGUAUAACAUACUGUAUUUCAAGCUUCAACCAUUAUUGGAGACAGUGAGACGUUAUAAAAGGGUUGUUACAAUGUCUCUAUUUGAACAUAGUAAGACCACUAUAUGCUGUUUCUUAGGUUUGGCAACAGUAUGUUCCAUCAUUCAUUUCUAAAUGUCUCUCAAAUUGUCUCUGUAAAAAUAUACAUCAAUGAUAUUUUUCUACAAAGAUGCAAGCACAUACUGUAUGUAUUUUAUUGCCUGGUGUGCCUGUUUGUGUGUGUUUUUCUAUGAGAAACUGGAAGGGACGUACUUUCUUUUAGGAGAGACACGUAGUCCAUUGUGUUUUAUAUGGAGAGGGAUUUCUAGUGCGUCCCUUUGCAUGGCAAAAUGAGUUAAUAAUAUUAGAAUGUUUUGGUUACUAGUGCCUUUUACUUUUAAUUAUUGUUUUCUAAAUAAGACUGUGGCUACCAAGUUCUGGUGACUCCCUCAGAUGGGUUGGGUGCCCACAAGCUAAGAAAGUUAGUGGGUCGUUAGUCAAGGGAGUGUGAUCUCAGACGUGUUGAUUCUGCUACUGUUUGGGCAAGCAGUGUAAAAAGAGGCAGAAUAGCAGGUCGCGAUCUUCAACUCUUCCCAGCUGUUAGAACUUGCGGUGAUGAGAACAGUUUGUAACUACAAUUAACUACCACAGAAUUGGGGAGAAAAUCGGGGGGGCAUAUAUAUAUUUUUAAAAAGACUUGAACGCCACACACAAUACAAAACCAUAAUAGCCCAUGUCAACCGCAUGGCAGCAGAUGUCAUUUACACAUACCAAUAAGACAGUCAGACAUUGAUCCAUGUACACUGAGUGGCCAGUACAUUUUCAACUGUCAGACUCCAUGACAUAAACCCCCACUCAAAGUAGAGCUAUGAACAGAAUGCAAACGGACAUGAAGACGACAUUACAGAACAACUUUGUCAUAUAAAAAACUGAGCCAUAGACAUAUGGUAAAACAGAUUUUUGUUUUGUUCUUAUGUUGUUAUUUUUUGCUUGGACUGUAUGUUUGUAUUCUGAAAUGAUGUGAAUGUAUUUUUCUAAAUCUCCAUACUGCAUUAAAAGUUUAUAUUUA